UGAAACUCUAGAAAACUGAAAAAAAACCAAAUGACUCUUACUUAUAAUUAAAAAAAAAAAACUGAAAAAUUACCGUAAACAAAGGAAGUAAAGUGAACGAAACGAAAAGUGAGGUGAAGUGACGUGAAUGAAUGAAUGGCGGCGGGAGUGACAUCACCUUGACCUCAGCGUGACAUCAGGGCAGGCAGUCACGUGAUGUUCAGCUCGUGGCUCCCCCUGGUGGCUGUGGCUGUGGCUGUGGCUGUUGCUCUGCUCCCCACAGGAUGCGGGGGACAGCACCAGCGGUUCAGAGUGCGGCCUCAGAGCGUGGAGGUGCGUGAGGGUGAGGACGUGUUUCUGGAGUGCAUCGUUGAGCACCAGCAGGGCAAGGCACAGUGGACCAAGGAUGGCUUCGCGCUGGGUUUCGAGCGGCUGGUGCCCGGCUACCCUCGCUAUUACUAUGAAGGGGACCCAACUCGCGGGGAACACCAUCUACUCAUCACGGGAGUCACACUAACGGAGGACGGAGAGUACCAGUGUCAAGUAGGCCCCACUGCUAUCACGCCGCCUAUCUGGGCCGCUGCCAACGUUACGGUCAUAUUGGCACCCUCCUCCGUCACGAUCGUGGGCUGGGAGAACGGCGCCGUGGUGGAGGUUAUGGUGGGCUCCUCCCUCACGCUGGAGUGCCUGGUGGCUGACGCGCGCCCUGCUCCUGGCGCCGUCUGGUACCGAGCUGGCAGGAAGGUGGACCCCGACCUACAAGAUGACCGUGUAGAGGCUUCCAGUUUGGCGCGGCGGUGGAGUUUGCGAUCUCAGCUGGUGGUACAGGCGACGGCAGCUGAUGACGGGAAGGUUUACGCCUGUCACGCCCUGCACCCCGCCCUGCACGAUAUGCCCCACGGCCUCCACGCCAGCAUCACCCUCUCUGUCCUGCACCCGCCCGGCCCUCCCACCAUCACGGGCUACGAGACAGGGGAAAUCUUGCUGGCAGGGGAGCGGCGCACAUUGACCUGCCGCGUCUCAGGAGGAAACCCGCGACCCUGGGUGUUGUGGUACAGGGACGGGCGGCUGGUCGACGAUACCACUUCCGAGGACGCUGAAGGAGUAUUUAACACCUACGAAGUCUCGGUGACGGCUGAAGAGGGCGGCGCAGUGUACGAGUGUAGCGUGACCAAUGACCUACUGGAGACACCCUACACUGCUAAUGUCACGCUCACUGUCUACUAUGCCCCCCGCACCGUGACAGUACUGGGCCCUUCUCAGGUAGAGGACGGUGUUACCAUUAACCUCACCUGCUUCACCAGUGUCUCCAACCCACCCGCCUCCCUCGCCUGGUCUGUGGCUGGCGAGAUGCGGGAGGCAAGCAAGGCCGUGGUGGCGCCGCAGGAGGAUGGGGGCUGGGUGAGCACGUCGCACCUCACACGCUACAAGGUGGACGGCGCCAACCUGUCAGCAGUGCAGGUGGAGUGUCGCGCUGUGAAUCCUGCUAUUGACCACGUGGUGAAGAAACUUAAGAGCAUCACCAUAACACAGCCGCCAGGUCCGCCUCGUUUCUUGGGUGACCUGCGGAGAGAGGUCAUAGCGGGGACUACAUUAGAGGUCACUUGCUCGUCAGAAGGAGGAAGGCCACCACCCUCGCUAAGGAUAUACAAGGCAGGCGAGGCUCUAUUGACGGAUCUGCAGCGCUCGGGCAACACCACGAUGGGCCAGGCUCAGGUGCAGGUCACGCCGGGAGACAACGGGGUUGAGGUGACUUGUGAAGCCACCAACUCCCCGGACAGCGCCCCGCCCUCCGCCUCAUUCACCCUCGGCGUUCUGUUCGCGCCGUGGGACGUGGAGGUGUCGAUGAACCCAGCCUCGGUGCGGGAGGAUCACGAGGUCACACUCACCUGCCAGUCCUCGCCUAGCUUGCCGCGAUCCAACCUCACCUGGACUUUUGAUGGCGUGCCCUUGCAUCCCCUGACGGCGCCCUCUGUCUCACCCGGGGCACAUGGCGGGAUGGUUACAAGGUCUGAGGUGCGGCUGCGGCCCAGUUCGCGGGACAACGGGCGUGCUGUGGUGUGCACGGCGAUGAACGGCCUGGACCAACCUGUGCACGGCGAGGCACGGCUAGACGUGACCCAUCCUCCCAUCUGGGUCGCCAAGCCACCAGAGAAGGUAGACGUGUUUGAAGGAGCAGAGUUAAUCAUCACAGCCGAGGCUUUGUCUAACCCAGGCCCCGUCAGACGCCGGCGUGAGGAGGAGCUGGAGGCGGGGCCGGAGGGGAAACUUCACCUCGGCCUCAUCAGCAGGUCCUUCUCUGGCCGCUACUCUGUCAACGCCUCCAAUAUGUUCGGCCACGUCAUAGCCGACUUCUAUAUCAACGUGAUGUACGGGCCCGAGGACAUCACGGCAGACGAGAUGGUGACGGUGAACCAGGGCAAGACGGUGUCCAUUGAGUGCACGGCGUCAGGCAACCCGCCACCCACCGUCACCUGGACACGAGGCGCCGCCACCUACAACAGUACCUCCACACCGCUGGCCUCGAGUGUGAGCGUGGCGCAUCUCGUGGUGGAGGAGGCGCGCUGGCGAGACACGGGCAUCUACCUGUGUCACGCUGCCAACAAGGUGAACCAGCCGCCGCCAGCCAUCACCAAGUUCAUUGUGACACAGCCAGCGACGGAGGUGGAGGGCGGAGAGGGCGGGCAGGGGUCGUGGGCGUCUGUGGGCGGCAAUGGGCGGCUGGUGUGUCACGUGAGAGCCGCGCCCCCGCCCUCCUUCCAAUGGGUGAGAGGGAGUGGAGAGGCAGUGAAGAUGAGUGAAAAGUACAUCAUUCACAGACCAAGGCUGCAAGACGGCCUGGUGGAAUGGGCGUCAGUGCUGGAGGUGAGGGAAGUGACGCAGAGAGACUAUGGGGAGUACCUCUGCACGGCCAGGAAUCAACUGGGCUCAACCUCCGUCACCCGCACCCUUGGCCCGCCCACCCGUCCUCAUCCGCCUCUCAAUCUGACGGUAAGCAACGCCAGCAGCGGCUCCAUUACGCUCUCUUGGGCCCCUAACUACGCCGGGGGACUACCUCGAGGGUACAGCGUGCGGUACAGAGCGGCGGGAUCAACGCUGUACCAGGUGGUGGAGGUGUCCGGGGGCGCCUCGCAGGGGGUCACGGUGCACGGCCUCUCUCCUGGAACACAGUAUCUCUUCACGGUCCAGGCUCACAACCCACAGGGACACUCCUCCUACGUGACACCGCAGAUCGCAGCCACUACUCGCGAGGCAGCAGGUCAGCUUAGCGUGUCAGGAGGUUCGUCUUUCGGGGGGUCGAGAACACAGGUACGAGAAAUGGAAGGAGCAGCCACCUCGCCCUCUCGUCUGCCCCGCCUCAUGGUGCUUCUUGUGACCCUGAGCGGCGCGGCCCUGCUUGCCCUCAACAUCGCUAUAGUGGGCUGCUUCGUGAGGCGGCGGGCGCUUAACAGGAGAGCUUCAGCUUCCUCCUCCACCAAAAACGUGGCAGUGGACGUGUACGGAGUGACGCCCGCCUCCACCCCGGGCCUCCACCACAGCGACAACCACCUCUCCCUCACCACCAUGACUCCCUCCCUCCAGCACUCCACGCCGCCGCCAUACCAGGACGAGCAACAAACAAGCCUGGAUGACCUGGACACUAAGGGCAUAGUCGUACCCACGCCUGCACCCAAGCACGACCCAACGCCUCGUCUCAAUGGCGUACUUCUUGGCCAGAGACCAGCCGACAUACCCCCGCUCACCUCUGCAAUCACCGUCGCCGCCACCAUCGCCACUACAGGCCCAGUCUUCACAGCAUCUAUGAGUUCUGACACUGGGAAGACUAAGACCAUGACGGGAAUAAUUCAGUCACCUUCAAUCACCACAACCAUCACGACCUCCACAGCACCUUCUUUCACCGGGAAGUCGCCUCGAAGGACUCCUCUACCAGUUAGUACCUCGGAGGAAGGCAGUGCUAUACCGACAAGUACGUACGAUGCACUACAACAGCACCAGUUACAGCAAAACCCCGACCAAGUCUCGCUCACGUCACUGCAAAGCGAGUAUUCACGUGGAUAUGAGUAUGCACACCCACAUCUGCAGCAUUACCACUCGCUGUGCCCUCACCACCACCACGUGCAGCACCACCAGCACCAGCACCAUGCAUACACCCCGACCCUCUACCAAACACCAGCCCCCAACCAGACAUUCCGGGCCCAGUCGAGGGAGAGAGAAGUAACACAGCCACCUCCAGCUUACUCUGGCCUUAAUCCCUCCGGCCUGUGCGGUCUCAGAGGCACGGAGCAAGACCCAGCUGCCCCAUCGCCCCGCCGUCCUCCCUUGCUUCCCUCCUGCCGGGCUCCCCCGCUUCCUACGCCACACUGGGACCACGAAAGAGGAAACCCAUGCCAUCGAAAUUUGCUAGUUUACCACGCUCGCGACCAUCCAACGCCCCCGCCCAUUCUCACGCCUCGCGCCUCCCCCAGCCUGACGUAACGCCCGUGCAGACCCAGGCGGUGGAGGGCGUGUGCCGUCAGCCACUCCAGAGCUUCCAAGUGCCCGCCCACGCCCACGCCCCUCCACAAAGCCACGCAGUAAUCAUGACCUCAACACCACAUGCCUACACGAACGUCGACACACAA